UAGAGAGAAUGGUUCACUUUUUUGAAUUGGUUUUUGCUGCGCUGCGAGGAAUGGCGGUAACGGUGAGAGGACCGGGCGCCUGAAGAGGUGGAACUUCCAGGGCGUUUUCUGAGAGUGCCAACAAAAAAAAGGAGAGUACAAACAAUGGCUGACAAUAGUGAAUCCACUGCUGGGAAGACAAGCUUGGCAGAUUCUUCUAUUUUUGAUUCUAAAGUUACUGAACCUUCUAAGGAAAACUCAUUUAUUGGGUCUACUUUAUAUGUUGAAGAAGAAAUGCCUCAGGUUGAAACGAGAAUGAUACUAGUUCAAGAAGCUGGAAAACAAGAAGAACUUAUAAAAGCCUUAAAGACUAUUAAAAUAAUGGAAGUCCCUGUUAUAAAGCUAAAGGAAAGUUGUCCUGGAAAAUCGGAUGAAAAGUUAAUAAAAAGUGUUGUUAAUAUGGAAAUUAAAGUGCCCUUUGUAAAGAUGGAAUCAGUUGAAGAAUUUGAAAGUUUGGAUUCUGCAGCAUUUGAAAAUGUAUUCAUAGUCAUGGACUUCCAGGAUUCCAUCUUUAAUGAGUUACACAAGACUGACUGUAGAGUUAUUGGACCACCAGUUGUAUUAAAUUGUGCACAAAAAGGAGAGCCUUUGCCAUUUUCAUGUCGCCCACUCUAUUGUACAAGCAUGAUGAAUCUAGUACUGUGCUUUACUGGAUUCAGGAAGAAAGAAGAACUAGUCAGAUUGGUGACAUUGGCCCAUCACAUGGGUGGAGUUAUUCGAAAAGACUUUAAUUCAAAAGUUACACAUUUGGUGGCAAAUUGUACACAAGGAGAAAAAUUCAGGAUCGCUGUGAGCCUGGGUACUCCAAUUAUGAAGCCAGAAUGGAUUUAUAAAGCUUGGGAAAGGCGGAAUGAACAGGAUUUCUGUGCAUCAGUUGAUGACUUUAGAAAUGAAUUUAAAGUUCCUCCGUUUCAAGAUUGCAUUUUAAGUUUCCUGGGAUUUUCAGAUGAAGAGAAAACCAAUAUGGAGGAAAUGACUGAAAUGCAAGGAGGUAACUAUUUACCUGUUGGAGAUGAAAGAUGCACUCACCUUAUAGUUGAAGAGAAUAUAGUAAAAGAACUUCCAUUUGAGCCUUCAAAGAAACUAUAUGUUGUCAAGCAAGAAUGGUUCUGGGGAAGCAUUCAAAUGGAUGCCCGAGCUGGAGAAACUAUGUAUUUAUAUGAAAAGGCUAACACUCCUGAGCUCAAGAAAUCAGUGUCACUGCUUUCUCUAAAUACCCCAAACAGCAAUCGCAAAAGACGUCGUUUAAAAGAGACACUUGCUCAGCUUUCAAGAGAGACAGACAUGUCACCUUUCCCUCCCCGUAAGCGCCCGUCAGCUGAACAUUCCCUUUCUAUAGGGUCACUCCUUGAUAUCUCCAACACACCAGAGUCUAGCAUUAACUAUGGAGAAACACCAAAGAGUUGCACUAAGUCUAAAAAUUCCACUCCGGUUCCUUCAGAGCAGUCUGCAAGGUGGCAAGUUGCAAAAGAGCUCUAUCAGACUGAAAGUAAUUAUGUAAAUAUACUGGCCACAAUUAUUCAGUUAUUUCAAGUACCAUUGGAGGAAGAAGGACAGCGCGGUGGGCCUAUCCUUGCACCAGAAGAGAUUAAGACUAUUUUUGGUAGUAUCCCAGAUAUUUUUGAUGUGCACACUAAAAUAAAGGAUGAUCUUGAAGACCUUAUUGUGAAUUGGGAUGAGAGCAAAAGCAUUGGUGACAUCUUUCUUAAAUAUUCAAAAGAUUUGGUAAAAACUUACCCUCCCUUUGUAAACUUCUUUGAAAUGAGCAAGGAAACAAUUAUUAAAUGUGAAAAACAGAAACCAAGGUUUCAUGCUUUUCUGAAGAUAAACCAAGCCAAACCAGAAUGCGGGCGGCAAAGCCUUGUUGAACUUCUCAUCCGACCAGUACAGAGGUUACCCAGUGUUGCGUUACUUUUAAAUGAUCUUAAGAAGCAUACAGCUGAAGAAAAUCCUGACAAAAGCACUCUAGAAAAAGCCAUUGGAUCAUUAAAGGAAGUAAUGACCCAUAUUAAUGAGGAUAAGAGAAAAACAGAAGCUCAAAAGCAAAUUUUUGAUGUUGUUUAUGAAGUAGAUGGAUGCCCAGCUAAUCUUUUAUCUUCUCAUCGAAGUUUAGUGCAACGAGUUGAAACAGUUUCUCUAGGUGAGCACCCCUGUGACAGAGGAGAACAAGUAACACUCUUUCUCUUCAAUGAUUGCUUAGAGAUAGCAAGAAAACGACACAAGGUGAUUGGCACUUUUAGGAGUCCUCAUGGCCAUACCCGGCCCCCAGCUUCUCUUAAGCAUGUUCAUCUAAUGCCUCUUUCUCAAAUUAAGAAGGUGUUGGACAUAAGAGAGACUGAAGAUUGCCAUAAUGCUUUUGCCUUGUUGGUGAGGCCGCCAACAGAGCCGGCAAAUGUGCUGCUCAGCUUUCAGAUGACAUCAGAGGAACUUCCAAAAGAAAACUGGCUGAAGAUGCUGUGUCGACAUGUAGCCAACACCAUUUGUAAAGCAGAUGCUGAGAAUCUUAUUUAUACUGCUAAUCCAGAAUCUUUUGAAGUAAAUACAAAAGAUAUGGACAGUACACUGAGUAGAGCAUCGAGAGCAAUUAAAAAGACUUCAAAAAAGGUCACACGAGCAUUCUCUUUCUCCAAAACUCCAAAAAGAGCUCUUCGAAGGGCUCUUCUGACAGCCCAGAGCUCAGUGGAAGGAAGAAGUCCUCCCAGCAAUGACAAGCACAGAAUGAGUCGUCUCUCUAGUGCAUCAUCGUUAGCAGGUAUCCCAUCUCCGUCCCUCAUCAGCCUUCCUUCCUUCUUUGAAAGGAGAAGUCAUACGUUAAGUAGAUCUACAACUCAUCUGAUAUGAAGCUCUAACAAAAUCUUAAUUUAUAGAAAUUUAUAAGCACCUCAUACUAAAAUAAGAAGCUGACUUAAAUGGUACUUGUCACUAGCACUUGGUCAAGGCUGGAAAGAAGAUAGGUAACACUAAACUAUGCCAUUUGAUUUUCUUCUGGAAAGGGUAAGGUUAACAUCUUAUGUUUUUCAAGUUAUUCAUGUAAAAAAAUAUUGAUUUUGAUGAAAUUUUUUUCUUUGCUUGAACCCUUCAUUUGUAGGCCAAUAAUUUAAGUUUCCAUGAUUCCAGCAACUUUGCAACAUGAUACAGUAAAUAAGUUUUAUUAGUGGAUGCCAAACAACUGCUGUGAAAAUCUUUGUAUAUUGUCCAUGAAUGAAUUUUUGGAAACACUUAUUUGUGUGUCUCAAUUUGUACAGAAAUUAAGUGAUAUCAUAGUACUUACCAGACAAAAACUUGCACUGAUUUCUGAUUAAGUAAUGGGGUCUUGUUUCACAUGUGCUGUUUGAAGUAGUUGUUUAACUACUCCUUUUACAGUUUAUUUUAUUCUCAAAUGUUUUAAAGACCUAGCGUGUGGAUGUAAAAAGAUUGCCCUUAUUAUCAAGAAUAACAGUUAAAAGAAAAUGUCACAAAAUACUUUUGCAAAUUGAGAUAAGGACAAAAACAUUAAAAAAUAAAUGUAUAUUUUGCAUGAACAUGAUAUUGGUAAAUACUUGUAGCUAUUUCAAAGACAGUUUAUUUAUGGUAUUUUAGCCACUAGCAAAUUUUGGUUUAGUUUGUUAGUGUAUGAAUUUCAUUUAGAAGAAUAAGACAAUAGGGAAAUUGUUGUAAAGAUUGUUUAUACUCUUUAUGAAAUAAUUCUAAAGUUGGUAUAGUUUUACUAAUCUGUAAAAUACAUUGAUAUGUGUAUGGUCAACUUUUUAUUGUGGUCUCAAAAUUAAAUGUAAA